AUGGAAGGCAGCAAAAGCGAGGCUGUGUUCGAUUCCAUGAAUCUGAAUCCUCAGCUUUUCAUCAACGAAACAAUCAACACUAUCGACGAAAUCUUCGACCAAGCUUUCGAUUUCUAUCGCAGCGAAGCAUCAUCUCUUCUCAAAAUCAAUGGAUCUGAUAGGUCAAAAGAGUUAUCAAACGGUAUUGACCGUGUUCGUGGUAUGAUUCAAUCGGCUCUGGACAAACGCUUGCAAAUGUGGGAAGGCUUUUGUGUUAAUCACUCUUUCGCAGUUCCCCAAGGAUUUGUGCUGCCAAAAACUGAUGAGUCGUCUCUCUACUGUGACCAAACUAUCCAAGAUGGGUCAAAUGACAUAGAGUUAGAUGCAGAAUUGGAUUCUCUAAGGAAUAAGCUCAAUCUGGUCGGGGAGAGGUCUGCUGAGCUUAGGUCCGAGCUACGGGCUCUAGAAAGAAACUCUUUUUCAAGUGAACAGUCUGCGAGACUCGUUAACGAGGCCUUGGAGCUUUAUGAAGAGUCGUCUAUGGAUGAAAUGUUCAAAGAGAUGGGAAAAAUGGUACCAGAACUUCGUGCAGGGAUCAAUAGGCUGAAAACUCGAAGAAAGAACCCUGGCAAAGAGUUUACGGCGACGCCUUCUGAUGGAAACCUUGAAGACCUCGAAAUGUUUAUGGCGGAAUUGAGGAAGAUGUGA